AGCAGCAGCAGCAGCAGCAGCAGCAGCAGCGGCAGCAGAGGCAGCGGAGAAGAGACCACGAAGUCGCGUUACCGAAACGCGCUCUGCUGGCUGAAGUUUUCCGGGCCUCCUCCUCCUCCUUCUCUUCCCUCUUCCCUCCCUCCUCCUUGCACCUCCACCAGCCCUCCGUUCUUGCUCUUUCGUUCCGUUCGAGCUCGAGCGCGGUCGACAAAGGCGCGAGGGCGUACGCGCGACGGAGGAGACGCAGAGACUAAACGACGGUGAGACACACAAGUGCCGCCGAAGGAAAAUAGGGAAAAAUAUGCAAACCGAUCGGGAGGAGGCAGCGCUAAACCGUCGUACCUCGUAGAGGAGGUGGGAGAGACCGACGUACGUGUGCGGUCAGAGGUGGUGCACGAUACCGCGUGUAGGCGGGGAUCGUCAACGGAGGUGUGGAAGAGAGGCCCAUUGAGUCGCCGCGCCGCGCGCGAUUACCGUAGUGUGCGAAUUCGCUCCGUUCCGUUCCGCUCCGAUUGUCAGUGUCCGGGUGGAGAGACACAUCGCAGUCGGCGAGCGCGGUGCGGUGGUAGUAACCCUGACCUGACCCCCCCCCCCCCGCGUGCUACGCUCCUCUUGGGCAACGGGCUCGCGCUCGCGACCAGUGUCCCCGUAAAGCUCCACGGUGCGUGUGUGCGCGCGCGUGCGAUAAACCACAUCGGCGAGCCCCACGUCCACGUCCGUCCGCGCCGCGUGAGCGUACCUCACGUACGUAAAACGGAGCUUAUCGGCGAUCGAUUGAUCGCGCGCGCGCGACAGCCGAUACGCCGCGACGCGCCGCGACGCGGAACAAUCGGCGAUCAGCGACAGCGACACGUCGUCGGAGAAGUAGCACACGGACUAUCGGUCUCGCGACUAUCGGUAUCCGCGGGGAAUCCUGCCUAUCGCCGUUCUCGCAUCAGCCGCCCUCCCACGCUCGUCGUUGGGGGAAACCAGCGAGUUUAGUGUGACAGCCAGAGUCGCGAAGUCGUUCGCGCGAUCGCCACGCGAAGGACGUGGACGGAUCGUUCCGCUUCAUCGAGCUGCGGGGUGGUGAAACGUAUCGCGUAUACGCUCUUCCCUCCCGCCCUUCUCACGUCCUCCUCCACCGCCCUCCGCCUCUGCCACCGCGAUACGAUCCGCGGAGCGACCUCGUAUCGUAGUCGCGUGUGUGUGAUAGUGGAAAGCAAAAGGUCGCGCUCUCUACGCUACGUAUUUGGGAGGAUUCCAAGUGGUCCAGCGGUGUGCGUCCUCGCCGAGUGGAUCGAAAUUAUGUUCGCCAGGGGGUAGCCCGUGAACGAGACGCGCACACGACGAACGAGAACGGGCGAGCCAGCGGACGAUCGAACGCGGGGGAGGCAACCAGGAGCAGCUUCGCAACGAGCAGCGCUUCGCAUCGACGGAGCGCCGCGACGACGACGAUGGCAAUGUGCGUCGCCGAGUGAGUUUGAUUCCUCGACAGCCAAGAGGAUGACACGAAGACAGGGUCGCUGCCGAAUCGUACCGGGGCGACGUGGCAUCAGUGGGAUCUAGAGGAACGCUUUUUAAGGAGAGCGAGUGAGCGAUCGGAAGACGAAGGAGACACGAGAACGAAAUUAUACACGCAUGGCCCCUGAGGAAAAAUAGACCGAGGCGUGAAAAUAGAAGGUGGGAAAUUAGACAAGGAAGAAAGAGAAAGAGAGGUAGAAAGAGAGAGAGAGAGAGAGAGAGGAAGAAAAUAGCAAAAAGAAGAUAUUGCAAAGAGCGAAAAGAAGACACACGACGAAGGGGAUCAUCGCACGGUGUGGACCUUCGGUUUCCGGAAUCCCUCUGUGUGAGUGUUUUUACGCGUACGGCCGUGGAUCGAUAGUUUGUCCCGCGAGCUCGUGCCGGACGGGUACUACGGCGAGUUACACUACGUGGAGGACCUUUCGCGCGGUUCUUUCGCGUUCGACGACAACGAUAUUCCCGAGCUGCGAGUAACGAGGGAGACGAGUGGAGAAGAGGAAGUUUCCGAAGGGGCCUAGCUGGAGGUACUGGUUAUCAUAACGGUGCUCAACGUCGCGAGAACGCUUGGCGACUGCAAGCUCCGCGGUGAUUUAUGGGGGACUACAGCUCGUCGAGUCUCUUCUCGAGUACUCUGACCAGUCCGAAAUCUAACACGAACACGAGUAACAACAACAGCAACGCUAGCACCGCCGUCACCAUAACAACAUCCACGAUGCAGGACGAUCUACUGAUUGAGAAGCAAGCCGCCGGUAAGCCCGCUCCGCUCUCGCCGAGCGGUGCCUUGGACACCGUGACUGGACAGGACAAAUCGAAGGACGUGAUCGAAACGGAGAGCAUCGCCAUCACACCGACGACGCCCUCGUCGACGGAAAAGGACAUCACGUGCAGCACGACCUCGGCUUUGCAGGGCUUCGCUGAUCCCGGUGGCCGCGUGCCUAGCCUUUGGUCCGCACCGGACGACGGCGGUUUGCACACCGCGUUACCGGUUAAUGGCUCUAUUGGCGCCUUUCAGAAUUUUCCAGCCACUGGAUCCGCGGCCCUAUUCGCCAGCACCGGAGCUGCCGCCGCGGUUUCAACCGGUACGCGACGUGCUAUCACGGCUAGUCACAAUUUUUCGCAGCAGCAACAACAGCAGCACGGUAACGCCGGUACACCCACCGGCACUAGGCACGGCGGUCUACAGGUAUCAUCCGCGCAACAGCAGCAGCAACAGCAGCAGCAGCAGCAACAACAGCAGCAGCAGCAGCAGCAGCAUCAACAGCAGCAACAACAACCUCCGCCGACAUCGCAUCCGAACGUCUACCUGCCCGGCAAAGGAUACGCCGCGUGGUCGGGCGGACCGCAGGCCCCGCAACAGUGGGGUGCGGGCCCACAAGCUGCCGCUGCCGCCGCGGUCGCCAGUCCGGGUCUGUCCCCCUGGAAUCGCGGCAGGUCCGUGCCUAAUUUACCACCGUUGCACUCGUCCUUGCAUGCCGCUGCAGCGGUUGCGGCCGCGGCUGGUUUGCAGGGUCGCAAGCCAAGUCCGACUUUCCCGGGCCACCCGGGCCCGGCGGCGGCGCAUCCCUCCUGCAUCAGCCCGGUCAAGUUUCGUCGGAGCACCUCGUAUCCCGGCAAGGGCAACAUAUACCCGCCCCAACCAGCACCGACCUUCGAGGUAACCGCCGCCGAGGAAAGAGACCUGCUGCAACUGCCGCCGUUCCAGCAGGAUCGUAUGACGGCUAAUGGGAACUCACCGUUAGAUAACAUGAGGACUUUGGAACACUAUCUGAGCGACAUUAUGCGAGCUGGCGCAGCGGAUACCCCGGAACAUCUAAAAGGAUUCAUAAACUGCAACACCGCCAACACGUUGCAAUCGCUCGCGCAGCUACAUGGUGAGUGA